UAUUCUUUAUAAUGGAUUAAAUUUUCUGAAAAUCGUUACAUACUUUCAGAUGCUACAAUGGCAAUCUAUCUUCGGCAAUACCGAUUUCUGUGUGCAGCCUGAACAUGAGCUAUCACCAUGAAAACAAUCAUUAUUUUCAUUUUCAUUUUCGCCGCCUGGAUCAUUGGAACCUUGUCUACUUUUAAUUUGAAAUGUCCACAGUAUGUACAACGAUAUAUUCGAUCACAACAAGUUUGUCCAAAUCAUCCGUUGUAUUAUUCCUGUCUAUGUAAUACUGAAAAUACAACAUGUAGCACUGGAAACGAAGAAAUCAUUCAUGAAUACUGCAACGAUAAGCCUGAAUUCGCUGGGAUUGGACAAAAGUAUGUAUGGUCGGGUGGACUAAGAAAUAUUGAAUGUUCCUCUGAAAGGUUCCAGCCACCUGGAUUUAAUUUGUGGCAGAAUGUAAGCAGUCAGUGUAUUUAUCUAAAAUCAUUCUGUAAUGAAGAAGGCCAAGUAAUUCACAUCAACGGUUCAGCAGAAAAAGACGUUUCUUGUAGAUGUGACCAUACUAAGGGAUAUGACUUUGUGACUAAUAUAACGGACAAAUCUAGCUGCAAACCAUUGGAGAAAGAUUGUUCUUGUUACGUGAAAAAAUGUUUAUCUAACGAAAACUUAUCAAAGGACUACAGUUGCAUUGCUUCAAAUAACAAAAAUACAGUAUCACAAGACCAACAGAUUCCUUCUUCAACCAGGCAACCAAUAGUAGAACCACAAGAUUUGAUGUUCAAUAUAACAGGUUUACAAAGAUACAAUCACGAAUAUCGUACUCACUUAAAAUUUGGACUUACGGUAUUGAUUUGUCUCUUCUUAAUCAUUGGUUGUUAUUUGAUGAUUGUCUGUCUGCUGGGCGAUCUACUUGCAAAGUUUACAGAUACCUCUACAGACUGCAAAAAAAUGGUUUUAAAACCUAAAGGUACUAAACAGACUAGUACCUGUGUUAUUCCAAAAUUAGACGAUAAUGCUGGUAAAUAUAAAGCCAUAUCGGAUGAAGUCUGUUUCGGCAAGGAAGUCAUUUCAAAACGAAGCAGUAUGCAAGCAGAAAGCGAUCCUAAAACCGCCUCUAGUGAUCCGCGUGAACGUGAUAACAGUACCCAGAACAUUCCAUUUCUACAAAAUUCUGACCAUUCUACAGAUACUGGAGUCAUAGGAAAACACACUGUUUUAAUUCAUGAUACUGAACCGUCUGAUAACCUGUCAAAUUGCAACGCCAAUGCUAUCCCUACACAUAAUGAGAAGCGGACUGAAAGCACCUCGACAAAAGACGCCCUUGAAAAGAGUUUUUCAGAUAAGACAAUUUUUGUGGUUGUAUCACCAGUAGAACUAAAUGAAUUUGUCGGUGCUAGUUGUCAAUUCAAUGCAACAAUAUGGUCAACGAAUAGUGAAAUAAAGAAGAUUGAAUGGCUGCACUUUGUCACACCGGAUAAAUCAAUUCCAUGCGAUUUAGCAAAUACGGAAAAGUAUGAUACAGAAGAUCAACAAUCAUUAACCAUUCUCAGUUUGGAACCAGCAGAUACAGGGACAUAUGUUUGCAGAGCUAGUAAUUCUGAGGAAACAAUAGAUAGUGAACAUAUAAAGCUUAAUGUAAAGGAAUAUACACCGAAAAUUUCUAACAGUAUAGGAAAGCGUACGAUUGAUAAUGAAUUAAAAACAACACUGGAAUUUGAACUUGAUGUGCCAGAGCCAGAUGAGAUAUUCCUUCUUUUCAAGAAAAACGACUCAGAAAUUUUUGUACCAGGGGAAGUUGAUAAAAAUCAACAUAUCUUCACAUGUUACUUUCCUAUAUGUUGUUCUGGAAAAUAUGAACUUGUUGUAAAAACUCAUUUCGGUGUAGUGCAUAGGCAGACAAUUGAUUUAAAGAUCCCUUCAGUCGGCAAACAACAUCUGAAAAAAAUGUGGUCGUUUGAUAAUCUUCGAUUGAAUAGUCAAAAAGAUGCAAAGAUAUCAACGGAAAACACAGCGCAGAACAUCGAUAGUACAAAAAAUGUAGACGAAUCGCAAGAAUCAACUACAGAUGAAAAACCAGAAACCACAACAGAGGACAUCGAUAGUACAGAAGAUUUCGCAGAAUCCUAUCAAUUAACCACUGACAUUCAACCAGAAUCAAAAGAGCUGAAUAACGAUUUCUAUACGAGUUUGAAGAAAACCAAUGUUCGGGCUGUCAUUGCGCUAGAUGUUGGCACAACUCAUUCUCGUUAUGCUGUUUUGAUAACAGAAACACUAUCUUGUAAAGAGAAAUGGGAACCUGUCAUCGAAGAUUCAGUGCCGACAGCUGUUUUGUUCAAAGAUAGUUCAAAAAACUAUAUUGCCUGUGGAGACGAAGCAAUGCCAGAAUACAUAUGUGCCAUUGAAAAUGGCGAACGUGAAUCCUAUCUGAUGUUUGAGAAAUUCAAAUUAGAAUUAUACAAACGAAUGGAAAUAACGGCUGAAAUGAAGAUAAAAGAUGGGUACGGAAGGCCAAUGUUGGCAAUAGAUGUGUAUACAGCUGUGAUAAAUGAUCUGAAACAAAGAGCGCUAAUACACACGGAAAGGAAAAAAAUUGAAGAAAUUCACAUUGCUUGGGUUAUGACGGUGCCAGAUGUUUGGAACAAAAAUGCUAAAGACUUUAUUCAACUAACUUGUGAAAGCAGUGGAAUACCCAAAGAACAGUUGAUAAUAGAAGAUGAAUCAAUUGCUAUACUUAAAUAUUUUCAAGAUGUCCAAUAUUUUUGUAAAGAAAAAAUUAUAUCGCAAAAUUUAGAUGACAAGAACUAUCUUCUCAUAGACCUUGGUGGUGGAACAUGUGACAUAACUGGUUAUCACGUGACCGCCGACUGCGAUGUAGGCGUUCCAAUUAAACCUACACAUAUAGCAUGUGGUGUCGAUAUAGCAUGUAAUGCAAUUUUGGAACGCAUUUCGUCUAUGAUAGGAGACCGAGCUAUGGAUUGUAUGAAAGAAGAAGAAACAUCAAGCUUCUUACAAUUGAAAGAAGCAUGUUUACAGUUAUGCAAGACAUCAGAAUAUACAUUAAAACUAAAUGUACCAAUCCACAUUUUUGACAAACUGUGUACACGUUUUCGUUUGAUGUCAUUUGAGGAAACUGUUGAUGAUUUCGGAAAAACUCUAUCUUGUGGAAACUCGAAACAUAUUGAUAUUGAUUUUAAACUAUCCGGGGACAAACUAAUUGUACGGAAAGGACUCAUUGAUGACUCACUCAAGGUGGUAAUAGGAACUGUAAUAAGUGAAAUCAUGCAUAUCUUAAAGACACAAAAGGCACAAGACAUUCAGCAGUUUUUCAUAGUUGGGGGAUUCUCAUCUCUAUUAAUUGUUCAAAAUGAAAUUCAGGAGGCUUUCAAAGAGAAAUCUGUCUUAUUUGCUAACGACAAAGUCUACUCAUCUGUUAAAGGUGCAUUCUUAUGUAGAUGUAACAAGAUAAGAAUGGAAUAGUAAAUAAUUGCCGUAAUAUUUGGAAAGAAAUGCUAUGGUGUACAAUGCUUUAGUCUGGGAGUACAUGAUUUAUUUAUUAGUUGUUAUGACGUUGGACAAUUAUUCAUUCACUGCGAGUACUAUUAGAUCGGUACAUUGUGUCUUUUGUCUUAUGAACCUCAACAUACAUUCUCCUUUAUGUUGGCUAUUAGAGCUUGACCUUUACAUAUCCAUGUUUUUUUUAAAGACCUUCGAGUUUUGAGCCCCCGGGAUGUUGUCUACAUAUGAUCACUUUGUUCUAGUUGAACAAUCGUCAUAAAAAUCUUACAUAGUGCUCAUACAGUCACCUUAUAAAGCAGGUCUAUUCGGAUACGGUUCACUCCUGUUUGUUUAAAAAUGCCAACAAUAUAUAUUUUGUUACAUUA